CCACGCAACAGUGAACACCCAUUUCUGCUUGAACUACCGCUGGGAUUGGCUGGGUAUAAAACUGCGACUCCAGGCACUUCCCAUUCAGAAACGCUUUGAACUCGACCUGAGCACGUCGCUGAAACCACAGAGCUGAACCCUUUUGCUGAGCUAAACUAGGCGGAAGACAUGGAGGAUUCCUCUAGGAACGGCUUUAAAUAUCUGUUCAAGAUUUUAGUCAUCGGAGACGUCGGCGUUGGAAAAACAUCUUUGAUUCGAAGAUUUACCAAAGGUUACUUCGCCGAGAACAUCACGUCAACGGUCGGCGUUGACUUGGACUCGAAAAUUGUGAACAUCCACGGCGACAGAGUUAAACUUCAGUGCUGGGACACAGCCGGACAGGAAAAAUAUCGCUCAAUAACACAGAGUUAUUACAGAAACGCCGAUGCUGUCAUCAUGGUAUUUGAUCUUACAAACCAAGGAUCUUUCGCCAGCAUUCCAAAGUGGCUCAUGGACGUACAGCGCUACACGAACAAGAACGCAGUCAAGGUUCUUGUAGGAAAUAAAACGGACUUGAAAGGCGCCAAAAGAAUGGUAAACUCUAGAUCUGCAGCUAAUCUCGCAGAAUUCGAGGACUUGUUAUUCAUUGAAACGUCAGCGAAGUGGGACGACAACAUUGAGACUUUGUUCACGGAAUUAGCUGAGCAGCUGAGAGAGAAUGCAAAGAGCAAGAGCUUGAAUCGACUAAACAGCCCCAGCUGCGUUGUUACUAAGAAGAGUUACAGUAUUGUGUCUUACAUAAAGAGACUUGGGGAGAAACUUCCCAUUCAAAGCCCAGCAAGCCUCUGUAGAAUAUGAACUUCAAAUAUCCGGCCUUGAUUUAUUUCAUUCAGUGGCAUGAUCAGAACUAUAGAUCGCCCAUUAUCAAUUUUUUGAGUCUUCUUUUUCAUGAUGAAUUAUUCAAAUUUGAUACUUCCUACUGCGGAAAUCACCCGAGAUCGUGUUGAUACAAUUAGCGAUGGAAAAAGUCAAAAUAAGAUUUUUUUUUUGCUUGAAAUCAAGCUCUAUCGAAUUUUCUUGAAAAAUAAAGUUGGCGUAAUGUAAUAUAAAGGGCCAAGCUAAGAGAAGCACUCAAUUGUAUAAAUGUAUAUUU